UUUAUUUAUAAAGGCAAGACGACACUAGAUUCGAUAUGUGCUUAUCGUAUUAACUUAGGUGACUGUCCAUUAGAAGUCCUAGAUAUUUGGCAAAAUCAACAGGUUUCUAGAAUCUUCUCCAUAAAAGAGAUCGUGCUCGUCGCGUUGUCGGGCGAUGUCGAUUCGACGUCUUUAGCUUGGAAAGCGCUCUGUUCGUCUCGGCGACCUUCUAAGAGCUUGGCAGCUAGAUUAAAACUUGGAUCACGCAACGCACGUUUGCCGAUUUUGGAAGAGGCCCCUCCAAUAAUUAUUUGUUCUUCGAUUUCGAAGUCUGGCCGGAUGCGAACUCGCACGUUUGGGCUAAAGUUCGAAGCCGUGUGUGAAACUGAUCGAGAGUUUCCCUUGAUUCUUGCACAGCCUUUCGAAAUGAGUACACCCCGUAGCGUCUGUUUUUCUGCGGUUCGAAAUGGGCAAGUAAUUUCGCUUUGGCAAUGUCAUAGUCUUUGUCUUCGCCAGUGUCAGGCAGUUGUUUAAAGAUUUCGCGCACUCUGGCUUGCGCCAGCUUGGUAUAGCAGCAAGGUUCGUUGUCGUUUGGUAUCCGUAACGCCACUAGCCAGGAGAAACAUGCCAAAGUCUGCGACCAAUUUUUCCAACGUGGAGCGAGGCUCGCUCCAAGUUCAGCGUCGGGGUUAACUCGGGCAUUGGGCGAAUAGGUAUACUGAAUGUGCCAUGCUGAUUGUUAGAUUGUUAGAUUGUUCCUCUUCUUCGUGAUCACUGGCCAUAAAUAUAAUAUAAAUAUAUUUCCAUGUGGGGAUGAGCCGAUUAAUUGGCUUUCAGAGCUGAUAAUCGGACAAUUUUUAAUAAGCUGCUACACUAAUACGAUUAUUUGGUAUUAUCGGCCACCGAUUAAUCUAAUCGGCAAUUUCAGCAAUCGGCUCACCCCUAAUGCCUAGCAAUAGCAGGAGUCAGACUACGAUUUAUGGAUUGUUGACAUGGAAGAGAUUAUUUCGCUGGCCUCAAAGUGACAAAACGUAACAAAGCAACGGUUUUACUAAUACUAACCCUACUACAAACACCAACUCUAACCAUGAUCCUAAUCCUAACCGUAAUCUAACCCUGCUCCAAAUUUGUUUCUAACCCAAUCUUGAAGAAAAAAGUUUUGACGAAAUGUCAUUCUGAGGUCAGCGAAAUAGUUGAUGCCUGUUAACAUGAAGAGAAUUAGCCUUUCUCACGCCGCCAUUUUUGGGUGGCCUUUCAGCCGAAGUCCACAUAACAACGACUUUUUAUAAUUUUUUUGGACGAAUAAUGGUAAAUUUGCUUAGUUUGUAAAUGUUAGUUUAUUUUGAAAAAUUGCUUUUCACAUUGUUUAAUUGUCUGCAUUGGUUAACGAGAAUUAGAUGCCACCCAAAAAUAUAUUCGUCAUCGUGAGAAAGGCUAAUUAGACAAAAUAAUUGUUUAAUUUAACCUGAAAAUAAUUUUCACACAUUGAGCAGCAUUUUGUACAACCUAGUACCCAGGCUAUUUUCUCUUAUGCUUUGGUGCCACGGCUACCUGCUGAGACCCUGGAUACGAGUGUGCAUUUUGGGCUGAAAACUUUUAACCGUGCGCAACAGAAUAGCAUGUUGGGUUUGUACAGUGGGCACCAGUGUUCAGUUCAUUUCAAUGAAAAUCUGACACAGUGAGAUUCCGCCAUCUACAUGUAGCACUGCAACGGCAUAAUGAAAAAUAUUCUAUCCUGUGCAGGAUACAAAAUUCAGUGACAACUGUGUGUGACUGAAGCUUGGGAUAAAACUAGAAUAUAUAGGAUAUCGCUAGAAGUAACGGCUCUCUCGAGGCCAGAAUGUGACUAGUUACCAUUAUUAUUUAUCAAUUUUUGCAACUAAUUACAGUUACUAGUUACCUUCCCAAAAAAGUAACUACAGUACAUGUACAGCAGAUACCGUUACUAAAAAAUGUAACAAUUACAUGUAACUAGUUACUUGCAACAAAGUUACUCACAGCACUGGUUACCAGGCUUAUAGCCAGAAGGGCGUCCCCCUAGAACAAAAAAUGGACGCCUUUGGACGCCCAAAUUUUGGGAAAUUAUUUUCAAUGAUUUCCUAAGUAUAUUAUUAUAUCUGAAACGAAAUAGCUUCAAUUCUCAUUAUUAUUAUACAUUUGACAUUUUGAUCAAUCUGACUGAAUGAAAAUGUCGUAGUUAAGUAAAGAAGCAUAGCGGCACAAACUCACAAAGCUAAGUGUGUAGAUGUAUCGUCGUACCAAAAUUGGACGCCCUCUUUUAGGACCCUGGCUAAAAGCCUGCUGGUUAUUGUUAAUUGUAACAUAUUAAUCCCUUUUAAUUACUUGUUUAUUUAGAGCCAUAUACCUCUGUUUGUCAAUCGGUUAGAUUCUGUGGAGACCAUCAUUCCAUAUGAAUACAGCAGGUUUGUUAAAAAUGAAACUAAACAAAAAAUUUCAACAAAAUUUCAUAGUUACUACUGUCCCCCCAUUUCUUUGGAGCUUGCCUAGUAUGCAGAUCUACACAAUACUGUAUGACAUACAGGUAUUGUGCUAUGCCUUUAAUUGGGCGUUUAUAUUGGUAUUACAGUAGAAACCAUGGAUCUUGAUACUUGUCAGCCCAAAACAGUAUGUUUGAUGUUUCAACUGAAUACACUUCGUUAGGAUAGUACAGUUCAAGAUGGUUUCCAUCUGUUUCUGGUGUUAAAUAUGACUGUGUACAGUACAAGUAGAAUUUUAAAACUAUCUUGGUUGUGCAUCCCCUUGUGAAUUUCCAGUAUCCCUGAUUUGAAAAUGUUGAAAUCAUCUGAUGGUUAGCAAACUUUCUGUGAUGUAUGAAAUUUUCAUGGCAGUUGUUGUUGUUUACAUAUCAGUGAUCCCUCUCGUAUUUCUAUACACUCAUGUUGGAUGAUGCUUGCUGGCUUUUUGCAACUUACAGUUUUAUUUGGGUCAAUUUCAUCCCAAAACAUACAGUAGUUUUUGUGCAAAUGUAUGAAAGAUCACUUUAGAAUUUUAAUUUUUUUUUUAGAUUUGAUUUUUGUUCUCCUAGUAAUCAGGAUUAUGCUCCGUCCGAAAAUCUUGGACAGGUACAUUAUAGAAUUGUUAAUUGUAUUGUACGAUUGUAUGGUAGUUAAAUAAUGAAUGAGAUUAUUUGAAGAAGAUGCAUGAUUGUAUAUUCAAUUCAUGCAGUAAUACUAAUAUACUUUUUUUAAACCUUCAAUAUGAGAGCCUGGCCUUCCUUGCCAAACACAGUUCAAAUUCAGGCCGAUGUACAGUACUGACUUUUUCAGUACAGCAUAGCUAAGAUAAGAUAAGAUAAACACUUUAUUUAUACACGCUGACCCCGUCAACCGAAGCUGAUUUCCACGAGGGGUGUGUGCAAAAAUAGAAAAAAAUCCAUAAAGAAUGAUAUUAAGAGUUACUUGCAAAAUACUGAAUUAUUUACAUGAUACGAACGUUAUUAGAAUAUUUACAGGCUCAACAAUUUACUUGUUACUCUAUGUCAAUGAUGUCAGCAGCGAUUUUAUUUCAAAAGGAAGAAAGAGUUUUGCUUUCCCUAAUUUCCUUUGGAAUAAAUUCCAAAGGUAUGCUCCGUCAUACAUGAAACUAUAUUUCAUAUUGUUAGUACGCGGAUUUGGUAAACUAAGACCACUUGAAAUUUCCCGAAGAUUGUAAUUUGUUUUCUCACUUUCGAGCAUGCCAAGUAUCUAAGGAAAGAUAUGAUAACAUACACUUACUACAGCUCGAACAGUCUGUGUCAGUGUUGGUAGUGCCAGAAAUAAGAAAGUUUUGGAUUGAUAGGAAUACAACUACAAUACCUGAAAAAUACAAGGAACACUUUGAUGUUUCAAGUGAAGGCCCUUGAACGGGAAGUUAUACUGGAACCAAUUUAGUCUAGUAACUUCCCGAUGAAGGGCCUUCGCUUGAAACAUCAAAGUCCUCAUUGUAUUUUUCAGGUAUUAGUUGUAUCCCUGUCAAUAUGAAGCUUACUUUCUACAGCUUCUCUGUGUUUACCUGAAAAUCCUUCAGACAAUCUUUGUUGGCAUCAUCAAUCCAUUUUAUCUCUGCUGUAUUAUGUUUAUUGUUCACAGAUGACAGAUAUUUGGAUAAAAUGCUCCCAAUGCUCAAAUUACUAAAAUUAAUAGAAACAUUUACAUGUUUUGACCACUGAUUUACUACUUGCAGCGAGCCUCAUCUUCUAAUGCUUCGAAAACCUGAUAAACGCUCGGAAAACAUUUUUAUUUCUUUCUAAAUACAGAGAUAAAAUACAAAUUAUUAUACAUGAUUGUACAACAGAGAAGGAGGAAACGUGAUUGGAUGAACCUAGUUUAGAAAAUCGUAUAUCAACGUCAAUAAUUAAACAUAUGCCAACUUAGUUGUAGAACAUACAACCCCGUACAGCAUUUCUGAAGCAUUCUUAACAGGUCCAAUGUAAACAAAUCCUAAAAUUAUUUUGAAUUUAUUUAGCUGUGCCUAAAAAUAAUUGCAUCAAACAUUUCCUCAGGCUCAGUAGUACUGUACCUGUAGGCUGUAGCUAUUUUUUGUUGUGUCUGAAAUUCUUGUCUCUUUUCAUAUUAUCUUAAAUUCUUGUCUCUUUUUUCAUAGGUUGUCUUUGGUGAACGAAUUCAACCAUCAGCCUAUAAUGUAAUUGUGAAAACAUAAGUUUGCUCUUUUAAUCCACCAAGUUCUCUUUAGUCCCAAGCAAUAAGCAACAAAACAUACUGUAAAUAAGUGAUCGAUUUAAAAGACGACCAAUCGUGUGCAUAACAUUCUUCAAUGUAAAGAACUGUUUUCAGCGGAAAUUGCAUCAAGUGUAAAAGGCCUUCAAUUCCUGUAAAAUUUCCCUUCGACUCUUAAGGGUUCAAUUUCUCCAUUUUUUUGUGCAGUGCAAUGGUGGUUUCAGUUAAGAGGAGAAAUAUUGUUAUAAUUAUAUUUCUUUUCAGAUAACAUUUAAAGAUGAUAAAUGUGACAAAGCAUGUGGUAAGGUAUAUAGUAAAGAGGAUGUCAAGGGUGAAAAACUGAACUUCAUUAAAAAUGGAAUAAGAUUAAACUACCAGCACCACUG